GCAUCGAUCGGCACCACCGGCGCUAGUGUCAGUAUUCCCGCCGUUUCCCAGCUGGCAGGACCUCCGACUCCCGCCACAACCAUGCUCCUGCUCGCCCUGUGCGUGUUUAUGGUGUCGUCCACCCGGGCUACCCAACUGCCCAACACGACCGGCAUUGACGGCGAACUGACAGCUAAACUCGCUGUCGAUCAUUUCUUCUCUCUCUGGCUCGUCUUCAACAACGACGAUGUCACAAUGUCCGACAAGCCGUUCACGAUCCUUGCUCCUCGCAACAACGCUUCUCUCCACAUUCCGAGUGAGAAGCUCAAAUCCCAACCCGAGGCUGUCAAGAAGCUGCUGCUGGACCACGUGGUUCUGGGUCAGAGGCUAGAUCUGGACAUCGGAGCUGACCUCAGCUUCACAACACUGGGCGGACGAACCGUCACGGUCAGGGCGAAACAUGGUUCCCUGAUUGCUAACGGAGCCAGAGUGACGAACCCAAAGGUAGAUGUGUCCAACGGGAGACUCAUCAUCCUGGAGAACUAUCUGUUCCCGGAGGAUCUCACCGAGGAUCACAGCUUCCUACAGGAUAUGACGGAAGUCUUGUCCUUUCUACAAGGAGGUGUCCGAGUGUUCCAACAUCUGCUGGCUCGCUCCAAUGUCACCAAACUCUUGAAGCAAGAUGAGUUCUACACAGUGUUCGUUCCGACAGACCGAGCCUUCCAACGUUGGCACCCGAUAGACUGGGGAUUCUAUCCAUUUUCAGUGCCUGAUUUUACUGAGAAUGUCCUCACAAAUCAUUUUGUACCUCAGAACAUUCGCCAAGAGCAAAUAAAAGAUGGUCAAACGUUUAAGACUUUGGGAGGACAAGAAAUAGUUUUCCAUAAAAAAGGAGCUGGUUUAACGGUGAAUGGAGCAGAUGUAGUGAAAGGAGACACUCCCGUGGCACGAGGCAACAUCAUGUUUGUCUCCGAAGUUUUGUUCGUCAAUGAAACAGUCGUACAGAGACUUCACCAGAAACACAAAGACAAGGAGACUCCUCCGCUACUUGCGUUCCCGUGGUUUGGAGCGCAGUUCCUGUCCCAUGCGUUCCUCGCGCUGGAGAGAACGCCCCACUUUUCCCAUGUCACACGUUUCCUCAACAUGGCUGAUUUGGCUCCACACAUCUCAGGGGCUGGAUACUCGUUCUUUGUUCCGACGGAUGCAGCUUUUGAGAAACAAGGCCUGAAGUUCGCCCCAGACAACUUCCUUUCAACUGGAGAUGGUCUUCAAGUUCUGCUCAGUCAUUUUGUCAAGGAUCGACUGUACGACAAAGAUCUCACCAACAACGCCACAUUUCAGUCACUGGGAGGAAAAACUCUGCGUGUUCAGAGGAUAGAAGAUGGCUCAGUUACUGUAGAAGGAGCGAAGAUUGUUCAAAGUGAGGUGUUUGUGUACAAUCUGGGAACAAUGUUCUUCAUCGACAAAGUGCUAUUUGCUGACCAGCUUCCAGAGGUUGAGGUUUCCCAGACCACCACUGACAAAGAUAAUAGUGAGUGGGCCGAAGGGACUGAACCAGCUACCAACCCGGACGUUCUACUACAGGAUGCAACCACAACGGAACAAGAAGUAGUUUCAACCAUCCUGCCGUAGACUGAUGCGUCUGGAUCAUCAACAGUGAUAAAUUAAUUGUUUAGUGUCAAGAAAGGGAUUAAGUUUAGCUAGCAUGCCAUGGAAGUAUUCAUAAUUUUAAAAAGUUGUUGGAAUUCACUUGGAGAAUGAAUCUUAUAUUCAACAUAGAUAAUUUUGUAAAAAAAUCACUAUUACUAUCUACUAGGUAAACUGUGACUUAUUUCUCACUAUGCAUUUUGCAUAGUUUUUUACCAUCCAAAAGCCAUAAUGUUAAUUGUGUCUUAAUUAUUGUUCUUCAUUUGAACCAAAAAGACCUAAAUAUCUCAGAUAAACUAGUUGAACUUGAUCUCUUUCUACACGAUGUAAAAUUUUACUCAAAAAAGCUUUUCCUAGAAUCAAAAGCAAAACAAAAAUUUUACAUGCCACAUAAAAAUAAUGGUGUAUUUGUACCAAACGGCAUCAGCAUCAAAGUAAAAAGCAGAAUUGUUGCGACCUUGCUAAGAUCUAUAAACUAAUCUAAAACCCUAAUUUUUUUUCAAACUAAGUAAACAAAAGUAAGUUUGAUUGUAUUUAAAAGUCAAUUUAGGAAGUAAUUUUAUAACAGCGUUAGGGACUGAUAUGUCAUUUAACAACGAGAAAUUUAUUUAUACAAAUGUUUUAACAAAAAGUCUUUUUGAAAUGUCUACAAUGUAUUGUAUAUGGUUGAUGUACUUUUUAAAGUAGACUAUUGUAUGUUAAGAAGGGGGAGGCAAUGGCUAAGGAGUACAAUAAGAAGGAAGAAGGAAGCACAACUAUUUAUGUAAGAAAAGUGUUUUAGUGGUUGAUAGUAGAAAAACAAUACAUCAAACUUGAUAUUUCAUUCUACUGAAGGGAACUUUUCUUAAACAAUUCAUCAUCUUUUUGAUGGACCCUCAUGAGGAGUGAAAAUGAAUGUGUACUUUUUAUAUACUACCAAUUACAUUGAACUCUUUUCGUAAGCGAGUUUGUAGUCUAUCAGCUUCUACUUCUUACAUGUACUUAGUGAAAUUCAUUGGCAACAUAAAAGUUGUUUGUAAAAACAACAUAGAACUCAAAUUUUUGGGAAUGUAGAAAUUUGUUCACAUAUUAAAAUCUGUAAGUGGGAAAAAUAAUUUUGUAUAUACAAUAAGUGGGAAAAUGUGUCAAUUUAUUAUUGUUUAAUGUGCUCAAUAAAGUACCUAUUGUGUAAAAUAUGGUCUACCACCAUGGACUGGUUGUUGCUAGGUUAACUCUCGAAGAUUGUAGAAAAAUAUGUUAUGAUGUAUGGUAUUUUAAAAGUUAUUUGCUGGAAAUGCAACUAAAAACAUUUAUAGAGGGGCUUUUGUUGUUUAAACUUUGUAUGAAAGUUUGAUAAUUAUACACUAAAUAUUAAACAUAAGUUACCAUUUUACAACAAUUAAUAUUUUUUCAAAUUAAUUUGGAAUUUAAUCAGUUUCUCAGUAGCUUUCUAAUUUAGUAAAAUCCGAAAAGAGUGGAGAAAUAGUGUUUAACAUUUGUAUUAAGUUGGGGUAUUUUAUGUGUUAGUUUGAAUUAUAAAUGAAAGGUUUAAUGUUGGAAAAUAUAUUCUUUACUAAGUGUACUAAACAUGAGUUGAUUCUAAGUUUUAAGAAUGUAAUUUUAAUGUAGAUCUAUUAAAAGUAUGACUAAAAUCAAUUGUUAUUCAUAUUGCCGGUAAGUAUCCAAGUAGCAAAAAAUACAAUAUAAUAUUUUUUACAAUUUCAGUUAUGGUUUUAAAUAUGUAUAAUAUGCAAUAGCAUUGUGUUACUUAAAAAAAAAACAGUUAACAUUUAAUUGCAUUUUAUGGAAAAUUCUAUCUUAAUUGGUAUAUUCAUUUGUUAAAACAUUUUUACAUUACUGAUUCUUACCGAAUAAAAAAUAAUGGUACUGAUCUAAACAAAUCAUUGUAGUCUGUAAAUAAAUAAUUACUUUUAAAGUAUUUAAUGUAUAAAAUUGUUAUACAUAGUAAGUGUUACAUAAAUUAAUAGCCAUACACAUUUAUAGUCGUGUAACAUUUCCUACCAACAUUGAAAUUAAUAUUGACUGAUAUUGCCUUUUUUGUAUUGUUGUACUGAACUUAUUUCAGAUAUUAAAAUAGUUAUAGAAGUAUUUACGAACAGUGGUUCUCAAACUUGGUAUUGGACUUCUUAAACAAAAUUCCCUCUAAGGAAGUAUUUGAUGUGUUUAGCUUCUCAUGGCCAUACUUAAAUACAUAUGAUGAUAAAUAGAGAGUUUGGAAAAUAAGCUAGAGUCUUUUCACAUUGACCCAUGUCUGAUUAAAUUUGUCACUCAAAAAUUUAUCCCUACCGUACAUUUGGGAACCAAAGUUAAAAUCUUAAAUUAUACCAAUAAUGUUACUGUAGUUUAGCAUUGGAUGUUUUUAUGGUCAACACCAACAUAAUUAAAUAAACAGCUCAUCUAAGUGUAUGCAUUAAUUAAAUAGCAUGGAUUUGUAGAUAAUUUAUAUUAGCUCUGUGAUAACAAACUCAUUUAAGCUUUUAUUAAUGCAAGUUAAAGACACCUGAUGCAUUUAAAGGACAGAUUCUAUUUUAUUAGAGUUUAACUAAUGAAAGUAGACAUUAAAUUAGUUUUGAAAUUUGUUAUUCUGUUAAAUAUUAGUUUUAAAUUGUUUUCAGGGUGUGAAAUUAUUGUCUGAGUUAUUAGAAUUACUAACAAAACUGAGUUUUUUUUUGUUAGUGGAUUUAUUAGUGUGAAUAAUAUUAUCUUGAUUAAUCCACUUUUUAAGAAUUAUUGAUCCGCCAUCUUUGUUUUGUUGGCAAUUUGUGGUGUUGCUAGGAAUAGUUGUAUUGAUGUUAUUGUACAUAUUGUCAUUGAAAUGUAUUAGAUUUGUUACUAUUAAUAUGUAUAGAUGAUCUAUAUGUGAUGUAAAUAAAUAACUUAUUAUUGAUUUGUAUAAAUAAUUGUUUUAUCAAA